UUUUCUUGCCAUUAUUUAUCUUGAUUUUAUUCAUUUUAUUUUCCCACCAUUUUCCAGUGUCCACGGGUGUGGUAUUCCUCCCCCUCUUCUAGGUACGUCAACCACUUAUCCCAUCCCCAGUGCUUGCCCCUUGCUCAACUUCGUUGGUCGUUUGGUUUUCUUUUAUGAUUGAACACCUCAUUUCCCUCUCUGCCCAAUCCCGUUACUCUGUCAUUGUCCGAGGCAAAUCUCCGACAAAUCGAAUUACUCUUCCGUCUGUUCCCCCCCAGUGGUUGCCCACAUUCUCCCCUCUUCGACCCUCUCGUUGGCUUUGUGACCAGCAUCAGGUGUUGACCUUGCACCAACCAAAUCUCCAUCAUAUACAUCCUGAUUGCCUUUUUGAUUGUAUUUGUUUUGUGUCAUUGGAUCUGCGGUUUCUUGAUUGCAUCGUUGUAUCCUGGUGGACGCUCCACAAAUCAGAUCGAAUUCGCCCCUCUUCAUUUUGCGCUUUUGUUGUGAUUCGCGUGUGCUCGACUCGUUCACGGAUCAACCCGGCCCGGGACUGACAUCAGCGACAGAACGUCCACCGCUCUCGCGCUACCCGCCUUCUCGUUGGCAGAAGCUCUCGACUCUUCGUCCAUUCCCCGUGACAAG